AAAGAGGUGAAGCUCUGGUUUCCCGGUGGUCCGUGAACGCAGCUCCGUCAGUCGGACCUGCGUCACCAGCUCCGCUCCGUCUUCUUGUUUGUUGUUUAUUUAUUUGUUUAUUUAUGUUUAUUUGUCGGUUCCGGUUCCGCUGCUGCUGCUGCUCAGAGCUCCGGUUUAGAACAAGAGUUUUUACCUGUGAACUUUUUUGCUGAGUCUCGUAAAUCCUCCUGGUUUUCACUGAAGCCUCCAUCGAUCCUCCCAGCCGCUCCAUCUGCAGCUGCACCAUGAGUGUAUGAUGUCUGAGAGCAGCUGCUAUGGCCUGCAGCAGCCGUCAGAGCAAUGCAGAAACUCUGGAGGGGUUCCACGAGGUGAACUUGGCCUCGCCCACCACACCUGAUCUUCAGAACCAAGCGGAGCAGCAGCGCCCCCCUGCUCGUCACAGCGCCCCGCCCACCUCUCUGUACCGCACCCACUCUCUAGGAGCGCCCCCUCCUGGCCGCCCCGCCUCCCUGCGAGCUGAUCAGCUCCCCACGCAGCCCGUUUACUCCACACCGCGGCACAGCCACAAUGGAAGUGUGCCAGGCCUGGAGCCGGAGUCCGCAGAGGGCAACUUCCUGUCCGGAGAGGACGGGGAGGAGUGCAGCGCGCUGAGCGACAGCCUGUCACGGCUGCGAAGCCCGUCAGUGAUGGAGGUCAGAGAGAAAGGAUACGAGAGGCUGAAGGAGGAGCUCACCAAGGCCCAGAGGGAGCUGCUGUUGAAGGAUGAGGAGUGUGAGAGGUUGUCUAAAGUCAGAGACCAGCUCGGCCAGGAGCUGGAGGAGCUCACCGCCAGUCUCUUCCAGGAGGCUCACAAAAUGGUCAGAGAAGCAAACGUGAAACAGGCGAAUGCUGAAAAACAGCUGAAAGAAGCUCUGGGGAAGAUUGACGUGCUCCAGGCGGAGGUCCAGGCCCUGAAAACGCUGGUGCUCUCCUCCCCGUCCUCCCCCGUGGGUGAACUCCCCUCUGGAGUGAAGAGUGGCUUCAGGAAGGGUCACAGCAGGAACAAGAGCACCUCCUCUGCCAUUCUGGGGACGCAGCCCGACCCGUCGGCCACGCAGCCCAUCGUACGAGAGUGUAGAGAGGUGGACAUUCAGCUGUUCAGCGAGUUCAAGGCGUGGAGGGAGGAGCCGACGCUCGACCGUGGCUGCUGCUUCCUGGAGCGAGUUUACCGUGAGGACAUCUUCCCCUGUCUCACCUUCAGCAAGAGCGAGCUGGGUUCGGCCAUCUUAGAAUCUGUGGAGCAGAACACGCUCAGUGUGGAGCCGGUCGGUUUCCAGCCGCUGCCGGUGGUCAAAGCCUCAGCGGUGGAAUGUGGAGGACCAAAUGGUCGCAGGGCAGAGCUCGUCACAAAAUGUGCCCUCAGUGGACAGACCAAAACCUGUAAGCACAGAAUCAAGUUUGGAGACUCGUCCAGUUAUUACUACGUCUCUCCCUACUGUAGAUACAGAAUCACAGCAGUGUGUAACUUCUUCACCUACAUUCGCUACAUCCACCAAGGCCUCGUCAAACAGCAGGACGCCGAGCAGAUGUUCUGGGAGGUGAUGCAGCUCCGCAGGGAAAUGUCCUUCGCUAAGCUCGGCUACUACAAAGAUCAGCUGUGACGGACACCUCGCCAUCCCUGAAGGCCCGCCCUCCCCCUGAUUCUGGCUUUCUCGCUCUCUCGUCCAAUCAUUUCUGGAAACCUCCCCCCCCCCGCCUCCCCGUGUGAGUGUGAAUAACUGUGGUUGUUUUCAAUCUUCACAAGAAACACUGACGUCAUUGUCGUUGAUCUGGAGGUUUGGUGAGUUUCUUUCAUGUAAACCUGAAACACUCCGUUAUAUAAAGAGUUCAAACUGAUUUAUGUCGACAUUUAAAUCCGUUCGAGGAGCUUCAACACUUGAUUCUUUCAAACUCUGCUGCAAAAUAAAUUAUUAAAACUCUUCAGUCAUUAAAUACGAGUGUAACAUGGCUGCAAUAAAUCUUUUUACGUUCCUCAGUUAAAAGUGAAGCAAAGCAUUAAUUCAAAAUCUGAUUUAAGUUGUAAUUUUACAAGAGAGUAAAUAAUUUAAAGAGAUAAGAUAGUUGUAACGUCACAACAAGUUUAAGACAAAAACUAAAAGUAGUAGUUUAAUCAAAUUAUUUAAUUGUCAAAGAGAAAAUAUAUCAUGCAACGUUGUUCUCCUAAAAAAAUUCUCCUCAUAACUUCAAACAUUUUGAUUUCUCUUUAGUAAAACCUUUUCUGUUCGACAUAACUAAAAAAUAACUGUUUGAAAAAUUUAAUUUUUUUUUUAGAAUAUUUCUCUGAUUUGUGCUAAAAACAUUUGACUUAAAUUCACAGUCGAUGCUCAAAUUAAUACUUUUUUCCUUGUAAAAUUACAACUUCUUUGAUUUUUAUUCUUCGUUAAACAACUUCAUCUGUCAAAGUUCAACUGAAAAUAUUUGACUUCUUCAGACCUGAGAUAGUUUUUCUAACAGUGGCUCCAUUGUUCUUUUACAGUUUCAAAGACGAAAUGACCAAGUUUUAAAAGACGACCAAACAAUAAUUUAUUAUUUAAUAAAUUAAAGUCUGCAUAAGCUUUAUUUGAGUUACGUGGGAAUUUUCUUCCCACAGUUGAAGGAUGUACAUUUGCAAAGAUAAUCAGAAGAUCACAAUUAUAAACAUGACAACAUGAGUUUAAAUCCUCGUUCAGACUGGAAUCAAAAACAUCAACAUCAUUUUAUUUAUGAUCUUUCAGUUUGAUUUGUUGUUUCAGUCGUCGCUGAAGCUUCAGGAUUGUUGGGUUAAAGGAAAAAACCAAACUGUCGGACCUUUGUGUUAAUGGGUUGUGUAGAUAGUACAAUGUGAGUGUGUGUUAGUACGACUGUAAACUUUCUACAUGUUGAUUUAAACCUGCUCCUCAUCCCGUUCAAUGUCACUCUCCCAGUUUGGUUUAGUGCCUUUUCUCUCAGACACUCUGAAAUAAAAACGGUGAUACCUCUGGAAA